CCCCCCUCGCGCCGGGCCCCCGGCCCUCACGCCACGCCCCCUCCGCUUCACGCGGCACUGAGAGGAGCGGGGCGGUCGCGGCGCCCUGGGAGGGGGCAAGACGCGGGUCGGUGGCGGCAGAGGAGGAGUGGCGGCGGAGCGAGGCCCGCGGCGUCCGCUGUCGGGAGGGGCCGAUGCGGCUGGGCUGCCUCUCGUUCCGGCAGCCGUACGCGGGGCUGGUGCUGAACGGCAUCAAGAGCCUGGAGACGAGGUGGCGGCCCUGGCUCGCGGGCUACGAGAGCCGCACCCUCGCCGUGCACAUCGCCGUCACGGACUGGCAGGACGAAACGUGGAGAACGAUCCUGCUGGAGCGGCUCGGUGUGACCGAGGAACGGCUGCGGGAGCUGCUGGAGGAAGGCGAGAGGUUUGGCAGAGGAGUUAUUGCAGGAUUAAUUGACAUUGGAGAGACAAUACUAUUUCCAGAAAACUUGCCUCCUGAAAAGAUUCUGGAGAUGGAAAACAAAGCUGUUCUCAGUAAUCUGGAACAAAAAUACUUGACUGUUGUUUCAAAUCCAAGAUGGCUCCUGGAACCAAUUCCUGCCAGAGGGAGAAGAGGUGUGUGGCAGGUGGACAUCCCUGAAGAACUGAUCCCUUCCAGAGUGUAGGUGUUGCCCUUCACUAUUAUUUUUCCUGCCUAAAUGCAAACUCAUACAUCACAAGUCAGCAUUUUGAAUACCAAUGAGUGGUUUAGGAUUCUCUUCCAAAACUAAUUGUUGGAAAUAGCAAAUAUGCUUACGGAACUGCACUUUUGAGGCAAAAUAAACAAGAUGUAGUUUUUAUGACCAGUACUGGAAAUUAUUUUCUAGAUUUUUCCUAUAUAAAGAACUAAAAUGUGCUUUUUUUUUUAAAGACAUGGCUGAUGUAUUGUGUGCCAAUUUAACAUGCACGUAAAUAGAGCCAUAUUUUGCAAUGCAUCUUUCUCCACUGAGGAAGGGUGUGUAGGUCCCUUCAGAAAACUGGUGCUUGAAAGCAGGCUGCCAUCAUUUAUAUGACAUCUGGUUCAGAGCUUGUUCCUAGUCUUACAUUUGUGGGAUCAUCAAGAAAGAAGUCAUAUAAGGCCAGUCCUCGGGGCUUCUCAGAGGCAGAGAUUUGCUGGACAAGGUUUGUACACACAUCACUUUUAAUGUGCUCUGAAACGUGAAACUCCC